UCGUGACUCCAAAAUGUUUGGAAGAAAAAAAGAACCGAAGAAGGAACGAAAACCGAGACCUCCGGGUAGCCUUGCUCAGUUUGGUAUUUUUGAAAUACCUGAAAAUCUGGGAGAUCUUGGAGGUGGAACAGAUGAUUUGGAUGACGAUGAUGGUGAUUUAGAAGCUGAAUUAGCUGCAUUGACAGCUGGAGACAAUCCAAAACCACCUUCUAGAAAAGCCCGUCCCAAACCUUCAGCUAAUCUUGACAAAAUGAUAGCUGAUAGCAUGAAAGACAUAAACUCAGAUGAAGAAUUAUCUGGUGACGACGAUGAUCCUGAUUUACUUAAUGAACUGAAAGAAAUCACAAAUGAUUCUGCUAAUGAAGAUGAUAGCCCUCCCACUGAAACAUUACCAACUCCUGUGAGAACAACUUCAAAUGAAACCAUGAAGCUAUUGGAAGAACGCUUAUCAAUGUACAAAACAGCAGAAAGUAAAGCCAAGUCCGAAAAUCAAUCUAGUAAAGCUAGAAGAUUUAACAGAGGGGUCAAAACAUUGGAAAGUUUGUUAAAAAAUUCCAAAUUAGGGCAUAAUAUUGAUAUUAGUGAAAUUCCACCUGUUCUUCCACCAUCUGCCUUUCAAAAUGUUGCUACUACACAACCAUCAUCAGCACCAACUACUGACAUUUCUCCCGAUACCAAUCCACCAAAGAUAGGCGAUAUGCAAGAUGAAUCAUCAAACAAACCAGAUAAACAAGUCACAACACCCGAAGAUAAGCCUUUGCAAAAAGUUGAUAAAGAUAUUUUGAGUCAGUUACAAGCUCGUCAAAAUGAAUACAAAAUUGCAGCUUUGAAAUGGAAAAAAGCAGGAAAUUUAGAAGAAGCUUUAAAUUAUAUCAAAAUUACAAAGCAAUUUGAUACAGUCAUUAAAGCUGUCUCCGAAGGAGAUACUGUUGAUUUAUCUGAUAUGCCUCCAGUGCCUUCAUUGCCUAGUGUUUCUGCUAUGCCUGAAAGUUCCAGUAGUAACAAUAAGGAAGAAAGUGGAAAUCAACGCUCAACCUCAGUUCAUCCCACUAUUACAGCAUCAAGUAUACCUCAACCAACAGAAAAAGUGGAGUCACUGGAAUCUGCUCUGAAAGAGCGUUUGGAGAUUUACAGAAGGUCUAAAACUGUUGCUGAAACUGAAGGCAAUUCUUCUAAAGUUAGAAGAUACGGUCGUAUUUGCAAACAAUUUGAAGAUGCUAUAAAGCAGCAUAUGAGAGGAAAAGCAAUUGCUAUCGAUGAAUUACCUACACCCCCUGGUUUUCCUCCACUUUCAGCAGCUGCUGGACAGAGCAAUGCACCAUCAACAAGUAUACCAACUUCUCCAAUUUCAGAAAAAUCGGAGCCAGAACCAAAACCUUCAAGUUCAACUAAAUCAGAAGAAAAAUCAGAAGGAUCUGAAGCACCUCAACCUAAAAGACAAGCUCCACCUAUACCACCCCAAAGAACUAAUUCUGAUAAGAAGAAAAAACUUACAUCUCGGGUUGAUAAGCAAAUUGAGCUCUUAGAGCAGAGGCAAAAAGAAUUGAAAAUUGCAGCUUUGAAAGCCAAGAAAGAAGGAGAUUUAGAUUUAGCGAGAGAUUAUUUAAGACAAGCUAAAGGUAUUGAUCCUUUAAUUCAAGCAAGUCAGUCUGGUUUACCAGUAGACAUGAAUUCUAUUCCAUUAUCACCACAAGCUAAAUUACAAUUGGAAAAACAAAAGACUGAAUCUCUGAAUUCAUUGGAUGAGAGUUUUGCAGUAAUAACACCAAUGGAGUGUUCAGAAGCCAGUGGAGAUGACGCACAGAUUUAUGAAAAUCUCGAAGAACAAUUGAAAAAGCAAAUUAAAUGGUGUUUGACGACAAGAGAUCAUUGUAAAGCUCUCGGAGAUGUAGCUAGUUACAACAAGUGGGGCAGAUUAGCACUUGAUUACACGAAAGAUUUGGAUAUGCUACGUGUGCGAAAAAGAGACAACCGCUCACCCCCGCAACAUCAUUAUGAAAUGAGAACUUACUCUAUUGUGCAGAGCUGUACGGACUUGACGGACGCUGAUAUAGAAAUAUCAAUUUUGAGAGGCAUAAAUUUCACCAAGGAAACCGACACUUACGUCAUCUUCGAACUGCCGUGGCCGAGCGAAUCCGUAUCGACAGACAGGACUUCGACCGUUAGAGAUACCAAUAAUCCGGAGUACAAUGCCGUUUUCCCGUUGACUGGCAUCAUUGACCGCAAAUCCAGACCGAUGCAGCGAGUUUUCAAGAGGCACGCUCUCAAGUGCCAAGUUUGGGCCAAAGGAUGCUCGUGGAAUCCCAUCCUGUGUUGCACCCAUCCAAGGGGCUUCUUCCGAGCUGACAGCCUUGUAGGAACUGCGACCAUUAAAUUGCAGCCACUUGAAACUCAAUGUAUUUUGCACGACUCUUUCCCCUUGAUGGAUGGUCGCAAAGCAGUCGGCGGCAAAUUGGAGGUGAAGAUUCGUAUGCGUAAUCCAGUCCUCGUGAAACAAAUCGAACAGAACAAGGAUAAGUGGUUGAUCAUCGAUCACUGAUAAAUCAAAGAUUAUUGGUUAAUUAUUGCUGCGCUUGUAUAUGAGUUUUAUUCCAAACGAACGUGCAUCAUUAGCUCGUUUCAACGAAAUUUUAAUUUUGAAAAAAGUGACUGCGAACAAACGAAAGCGCUGCCGCCCUAAAAACAAAACUGUACAUAUUCCAUAAAGAAAGCCUACACAUUGAUAUUUUUAUGCACACCGCUGUUAGUAUAUAUUUGAGUGAUAUUUUAUUAUGUACAUUUUGCAAGUGCUAGAGCAGAAAUAUAUAAGAGUUUAUUUGAAAAA